AUGGAGGGAGACCCUCAGGUACUGGCAGAGGGGAUGACCCUGCAAUUAACCUGCACAACGGCUGGAGCUCCACCUCCCGUCGUCUCCUGGUCACGGGAGGGAAUUACCCUCAACCUCACCGACCCACGUCUGGAUAUCAGGGGGAACACCCUAGUAAUUGAAGGAGUGACAGUAAACGACUCUGAUAGAUACUUCUGUUCAGUCACCUCCAGUGCUGGUACCACAGCUAACAGCAUCGACGUUGCCGUGGUGAGGAUUAAUGACCCCAUCCCUCUGCCCACCAACGCAACCAUUGGUGACACUGUGGUUCUGGAAUGUGAUAACGACCUCCCGAUCUCCGUGGAGACGGCUUGGAGACUCCGCCUCUCCCCACUGGAAUCCAAUGCCUCGCGGGAAGUAAAUUUCACGGGGAGGUUUGUGAUGGGGGAGAGGGGGGAGCUGGUGGUGUUCAACGUCCAGCCGGAGGACAUGGGGAGAUAUGAGUGUGUCCUCGGUGAUGGCAUCAGUCUAUUCAGAGAUCUACAGCUACAGGCUGUGCCAGUGAUCACCAUAUCCCCAGAGCCUCCGUGUCAGACACCCAACACCAUAACCACCACCACCGCCGAUAUUAUCGAGCUCACCUGUGAUGCACGCGGAGCCCCAACCCCACAAGUAACGCUGCUCACUCCCAACAGAGGCAACAUCACUGGAAUGGGAAGUGUGUCGUUGCGUCUCUUGCCUCCUCAGUUGGAAGAUUCGGGAGAGUAUGUGUGUAUAGCAGUCAAUGAGGUGGGAGUGGCUGUCAGGAGGUUCAACAUCAAUGUCAUGGCUGCACUGAAUCUGAAUCAAACCCUCUUCAUCAGUCUGGAGCUCCUGGUGGGAGAGACUGCCGUACUCAACUGCACUAGUCCAGGUAUAUACACCCAUUCGUCAAUACCUCAUACUCCACAACCUAUACCCCAUACCCUGUACUCCAUACCCCAUACCCCACAUCUCAUACCCAAUGCUUCAUACCCCACCCAAUACCCCCUGACUGAUAUAGCCGUCUACCAGUGUGAUGCCACUCUUCCUAUGGGACUACUGGCAACCAUCGAAUACGGAGUCCGCGUGUUUGAGGCGGCAUCCAUAGCAGGCCGUUGUCCUCUGCCAGAGAGGAGGUUUGCCACGGAGGGCGAAGACGUCUCCCUCAACUGCACCGUGCGCGGCAACACCAGACCGAAUCUGGAAUGGAGGUUUGGGAACGAGACCAUCAUGGAAGGGGGGCAGUUUGAGUUCAUGACUCUCGAAAUGGGCCUCGGGUUCAGAGAGGAGGAGUUGUUGAUCAGGGAGGUUACCAUGGAGAACAGGGGAGAGUACUCGUGUAUCGCCACCAACUCCAGGGGAAUGGAGUCCUACAGCUACUUCCUGGAGGUUCAAGAGGGUGUUAAUAGACCAUUCUUCAGACAGCAACCAUUGUCAGAGGCCAGUGUGGUCGCCGGGGAAACAGCUGUGAUCCACUGCGAGGCAGUCGGAGGACCAAACCUUGUCCUCUCCUGGUUCAGGACCCCUCUGGAGUCUGAUACCCCAAUCACCGAGUCAUUGGGGGUCAGUACCCCAAUACCCCAGUCACUGAGUCACUGGGGUCAGUACCCCAAUACCCCAGUCACUGAGGUAAGUACCCUAAUACCCAGUCACUGGGGUCAGUACCCCAAUACCCCAGUCAUUGGCGUCUAUCCCAACACCCCAGUCACUGAGGUGGACCUCAGUACCCCAAUACCCCAGUCACUGAAGUCAGUACCCAAAUACACAAUUACUGAGGUAAAUACCCCAAUACCCCAGUCACUGAAGCAGUACCCAAAUACCCAAUCACUGAGUAAAUACCCCAAUACCCCAGUCACUGAAGCAGUUCCCAAAUACCUCAAUACCCCAGUCACUAGGCUGUUCCCCAGUGAGAGAGUGGUGAUAUCGCCACGGGAACUGGUGAUAUUAGACCUUCGACCUGAAGAGGAGGGGUUCUAUUUCUGCAUGGCCAAGAAUGAGCUGGGAGAAAUCACCAGUCGCUCGGGGCAACUCAACGUUUGGACUCCCCCAGAGUUUGACCCUGGACUGAUUAUCAAUUACCUGGUGGUGGAGGGAGCCAGUCCGAGUCUCAUACUCCCAUGCAGCGGAACUGGAGACCCACGACCUGACCUCCACUGGCUGAGAGGCAGCACUGUCCUCCCUACUGGCAUCAAUGAAAUGAGAAUUCUCCCAGAUGGAAGUCUAGAGAUAUUUCGUCCUGGUCCGCAGGACGAAGGUGAUUACGACUGUCGUCUUGCCAACGCAGCUGGCGAGAGAUUCCUCAGAUUCAACGUCCGAGUCCAAGCUAUACCCAGGGUGCAGAUUGACCCCAGCGACCCCCCGACCCUCGAUGUGGGUGCCCAGCUGUCUCUGUUCUGUUCGGACAUGAGGACGCAGCCGGAGGAACUGGAAGUGCUGAAAUGGAGCAGGAACGGGGAGCCCCUGGUGACAGGAGGCAAUAUCGUGGUCUUCCCCAAGACCGGAGAACUUGUCAUAUCUGACAUGCAGAUCUCAGACUCUGGCAACUACACAUGUGAGAUAUGCUCCUACGCUGGAUCAGAUAAUGAGACUGUGGUUAUCAUUGUUGAAGACCCUCUCCUGGCCAGUGGAGUAAUGACCACACCCCUUUCUGUCUCCAGCCCCACCCCCUUCACUCAGACACUCUCGGAGGGCCAGACAGCUCAGUUUGUCUGCGUGACCUCUCGACCUCCACCAGGCUCAGAUAUCAUGGUAGAGUGGCUCAAAGACGGAGAACCUCUGAGGAACCUAAAGCGGAUCACAGUCGGGGAGAUUGAGGUGGGCAGUCAGCUCACCAUCACUGAUGUCAGGAUCACCGACGAAGCCGCUUACUCCUGCAUCGCCAGCAACCGCAUCGGAGAAGUGGAGUCCAUUGAUUUCAAUCUAGCCAUCUCCACUCGUCCCAUCAUCACGUGGGCUCCUGCCAGUAGAGAUAUUAUUGCAGGCGAGAACAUCACACUGUCAUGUAAGGCAGUGGGGACACCUGAGCCUGAGAUUACGUGGCUCUUCAAUGGAGAACAGAUCACUGGCUGUCUGUUUGAGUCACCCAACACCAUCUCAGUCUGCAACACUACAGUAGCUUCGUCCAGAGGCUGGUAUUCCUGUGUUGCCCGCAACAUUGCAGGGACAACGGAAUACUCCGUCUAUGUUAAUGUGACCUCCUCAUCGACAAUGGCCCCCAACAUUACGUCGCGGAGUCAGUCGAUGGUUGUUAAUGCUGGCAACUCCCUCAUCCUCGACUGUCUGGCUACUGGGAAUCCUCUACCUGUCAUCACUUGGCUCAAAGAUGGGGAGAGGUUGGUGAGUAACUGUGAGUCCCCCAGUGGAGGGGCCUGUGUGGUGCUGGGUAUGGACGGCAGUGUCUACAUAAGAGACACCCAGUUGUCAGACACCGGGACCUACACAUGCGUGGCCACCAACACUGCUGGCCAGGCCGUGUACGAAGUCCACGUUCUAGUGACCCCUUCUGCAGAGCUGCCACGGUUUGCGGUGUUCCCGCGGAUCGUGAACCAGUCUGCAGAGCUGUUCGGUGUGGAGUGUCAGACGACCUCUGACCCCCCAGCCCACCUCUGCUGGCUGACUGGAGAUCACACUGUCAUCUCCAAAAACAGUUCUGAUAAUAUACAGCAUCGGAGGACUCUGUACGUAGUGAACCCAGUGACGGAGGACAGUGGCCAGUACAUCUGCAGGGCCAACAACUCGGCAGGGAUCAACCAGGUCUCCAUCACACUCAGACUGGGAGAGGACAUCAGUGGAGAUGGAAGUAUAAGAGACACCUCAAAUGAUGCAGACGAAUCUCAAGAGCCAAAGUUUCUGGAGGCUCCGGGCGACGUGGUGACAUAUGAGGGACUGCCAGUGAUUGUACCGUGCAGCACAACCAAAUCACUCGACUCCUUCACCGUGUGGCGGAAAGGCAAGCGGCCCCUCCUCCAGGACGACGACAUCACCGUGACAACCAAUGGGUCCCUGGUGAUAGAGAGGUCAAAGGUGGAUCAUUCGGGGGAGUAUGAUUGUGUGGCGGUGAGUGAGGAGGGAGUUCUGCGGGCCACCAUCUCCAUUGACAUCCAGUCCAGACCAGGACCACCUGACCUUUUGACCUCUCCCCGUGACAUCCGAGUACCUGUCGGAACAGGGUUUGUGUUGCCAUGCCAACCAGACGGAGUGCGGGAGGUGACGGGGUUGUCGUGGUUACUGAAUGGAGAACCUCUGGAGUCAGAGUGUGGGGUGAGAGAGGUGAGGGAGGAUGGCAGUUUGCGUGUUGCCAGGGCAACCAACACAUCGGCUGGGGUCUACACCUGUCGCGUGAGGAACAACUACGCCACGAUAAUAGACGCAACUGCCACUGUGACUGUGACAGACUCCGCCCACAGCACGAACGUGCAGUGGACUCAGGGGACACGCCCACUCCCAUUCUCCCCCUUCAUCAUCCCAUUUGGAGCCCGCCUUCUCUUCAUUACAGUACAGUCCGCCCACCAGGGAGAGUAUACCUGCACUUACAAUGGCAGCACGUUCAGUGUCUUCCUCAAUGUCCUCGUGGCCCCUACCAUUAUCAACCAAACUCCAAGUCUCAGUGUGUCAAGAUAUGAUCCUCUGGCUCUCGACUGUCAAACUACUGGCAACCCAAAACCACUAUAUGCAAUUCUUCCAGAAUCACGUUUUGGCAGAUUCAAACAGAACGUCUCCCUGCAGGUGGUGUGGUUCUUGAAUGGAGAGCCAGUUGACGGCCGUAGUGUCCAGGCCACGCCUCUAGCCACAGGGUCUCUCUACCUCCACCCUCCUCUGCCCCCCGGGGACACCAUCGCCACAUGUGAGGCCAGCAACCAUCUGGGAGUGGUCCGGAGCACUACCGUCAUCACUGCCUCCUAG